CUACAAUAGGUAUACAAACGUGUAUGUAUGGAUAAAACAAAUUUACAGUGUUUGCAAUAGUUUGAAGCCAACAUGCAGUUGCUCAUACAAUGUAUACUAAUAGUAGCAAAACCUUUAUUGACUAGGGUUUACGUCAACACAAUGUUAAAAAUACUGGUCCCUCAUAUUGUUUGGUCAGUGGGUCAGACAAAACACAGUUGAACCCAGCUGAACUCUGAGUCCAAUAUCACUGUUUGUGUAUUCAUAUAAUGUCAACAACCAACGAGAUCAUUGCUACAAUGGCUGCUGCAGGACACCAAGAGGUUAUAACCUUUCUUAUUCAAACAUGUAUGUCUGAUUGAACUGUACAAGACCUCACCGAGCCGGAUCUCUGUUGGUAAAAUAAUCAAAUAAUCCAAGAAAAAUAUAUAGGCCUGGUGUUUUGUUGAGGGUUGCAUGAUCUAGCUGUGUGGGAUGACUGGCAAUAGUAGGGCUUUUGUAACAAACAGACUCUUGUGUAUAAUGUGGUUAUAGCCUUGCAGUGAUCAAAGAUUGUUUUUUUUAUGUAACCUCAGUUUAAUGCCAAACACAUUGUUAAUCAAGCUCCAUGAAAUCUGGUGGCUGUUUGGACAUAAAAAGUCAGCUCAGGUUUUAUUUUCCUGCCACGAUUUACUCUCAGUCUGACAGACAGAUGUACAGUGUGUAGAUGAGGCAUGCCUGCACCCACAGAGGAUUACGACAAACUACAUGUGACUAAAACAAUACAGUUCUAAGAUAUAGUGACUAACCGUCCACACCCUCACAGAAGAUGGACAAAGAGCUCCUGUUUUGGGUGUGGUUGUUAAUAUUGGCGGGACUAGCGGAGGGGUACUCCUGGCCUCGCUCUCAGAAUCCCCGCUCGCAGAGAAGCCGCAGCGGCAAGAGUCAGAAGCCAAACAUUGUGGUGAUCAUGACUGAUGACCAAGAUGAAUUAUUAGGUUCCAUGGAAGUCAUGCCAAAGACCUUGCGCAUAAUGCGAGACCAGGGGGUCCACUUCAAUAACUCGUUUGUCUCGACCCCCAUGUGCUGUCCCUCCCGUAGCUCCUUCCUGACCGGGAUGUACACCCACAACCAUCAUGUGUACACCAACAACGAUAACUGUUCCUCGCCCUACUGGCAGAGGACCCAUGAACCUCGGACCUUUGCGACCUACCUCAACAAUGCUGGGUACCGGACCGGGUACUUCGGCAAGUACCUGAACGAGUACAAUGGGACGUACAUUCCCCCGGGGUGGAGGGAGUGGGUGGGGCUGAUCAAGAACACUCGCUUCUACAACUACACGGUCAAUUUCAACGGGAAUAAGAUGAAGCAUGAGGAUAACUAUUAUGCGGACUAUUUCACCGACUUGAUUGCCAAUGAUAGUGUUACUUUCCUGAAAAACAGUAAACAGUACUUUCCGAAAAGGCCUGUCCUGAUGGUAUUGAGUGUCCCUGCUCCCCACGGCCCUGAGGACUCUGCCCCUCAGUACCAGCAUCUUUUCUACAACAACACACUUCACAGGACUCCCACCUGGAACAUGGCUCCCAAUCCGGAUAAGCAGUUCCUGUUAAAAGUAACGGGGAAGAUGGAGCCUAUUGAGCAGACGUUUACGGAUGUUCUCCAGCAAAAAAGGCUACAAACAUUACAGUCAGUAGAUGACCUUGUAGAAAAGGUAUAUGAAGAGUUGUGGAACUUGGAUGAGCUGGAGAACACCUACAUUAUCUACACGUCGGACCAUGGCUACCACCUAGGCCAGUUUGGACUGGUGAAGGGCAAGGCGCUGCCCUAUGACUUUGACGUUAGGGUUCCGUUAUACGUUCGUGGUCCGGGCAUUAAGCCGAGGUCAAAAAUUUCUAAUCUUGUGGUGAAUGUGGACUUGGCCCCAACUAUUCUGGAUAUGGCUGGUGUGGAUAUUCCGGAGCACAUGGAUGGGAGAUCGGUGAUGAAACUCAUCAGAACCAAGAGCUACCGAGACCAGGAUUAUGGUGGCUUCAGUGACAACUAUGUGACAGCCAAGAGACCAUGGAGAGAUACUAUUCUGUUGGAGAGAGGAAAAAUUACAGUGAAAAAAAGAAAGGCACUGAUGCGUCAACAGAAGAGAAACUUUCUUGAAACUGUGAACAGCUUGCCCACUAUCAGUGACUCCUAUUUGAAGUAUGCCACUCCGAAACAGAAGAGAAUUUUCAAGGAGUGUGCAAAACCCCAAAACCAGCCCCCCUGUAAAAAGGGACAGAAAUAUCAGUGUAUACAAGAAUAUGGCCGUAAUAUGCCGAGACUGAUGAAGUGUCGAAAGAACAAGAGAAUGCAGAGGGAUGGAUAUUUUCCCAAAAAACGUUGUCCUUGUGGCCGCAAGAAGAACAAAAUCAAUCCAGAUGAAAAACUCAGUCAGACAGAAUUCCUAAUGAAGCAUGCCAGCAAAGAUUUUUCACCAAAAUUUAUCAGAACUAAGAGAUCUUAUUUACAGUUAGUGGGCAAUACAAGUUCUUCAUCUCAGAAUUCCAUUUCUUCUUUAUCAGUUCAGCCCUUUGAUCGUCGCUGUAGAGUUUUACCCAAUGACACAGUAUCAUGUGAUCGUGUUUUGUAUCAGGACCCAGUUGAAUGGAAAAACCACAAGGAGAAACUCGAUGAGAUGAUCGAAGAAUACAGAAAAAUGCUGGAGGAUUUAAGGCUCUACAGAAAACAUUUAAAGGCCUCUAAACCCCUUGAUUCAUACCUGAGUGAGAUCGGAAACGGAAUCAGCGGUCAGGGUUACCUGGACUAUGAGUGUGAACCCUGUAACAGUAACAGCAGACGAUCUGAAAGAAAAAAAGAAAUAGAACAAAGACGUCGCCGCAGACGAAAAAAUAAGAAGCGAAAGAGAAAGUAUCAGGGGUCCGAUUCACCUCUAUGGAAUUCAACUUACUGGAAUUUGCCUCCUGAUGAGAAAGUGAGUCGCCGUAAGCACCCGGCCUGUAAGCGAGCCAAUGCUGACUGUUCUCUGAUGGACAACAGUCAUUGGAAGACUCCCCCAUACUGGACAAAUGGGCCCUUCUGUUUUUGUACGAAUUCAAACAACAACACCUACUGGUGCAUACGUACCAUUAAUGCAACACAUGAUCUACUGUACUGUGAAUUCAUUAACAAUUUCCUCAGCUAUUAUGAUCUCAAAAAGGACCCAUUUCAGAUGAGGAAUGCCAUACAUGAUGUAAACUAUGGUAUUUUACAACAACUUCAUGAGCAGCUGAAUGCCAUGAGGGCAUGUGAAGGCACAAAGGAAUGUAACAAAGCAGGACUUUGGUACAGAGAUGAGGAAAAUAAAUCAAAUGAUGAAAUAAAUGGGGAUGAUACCUGAUGAAAAGAUCCAGGUGAUUUUGUCUCUUAGGAGAGUCCAUGUUCAAGACAAUGUGUAGCCGAGCUGCAUGCUGAUGUCUGGAGAGAAUGUGUUCAAUGAAGACUGUGAUUAUCACCCUACUUUCAUUUUUGUGUACUUUCAUAUUGUGAUAUAUAUUACUUUUUUUUCUCCAAGGGAAACAACCUUGGAUUUCUAUGCGUUAUGACUUUAAGUGAAUAUUUGUUUUUAUAAUUAAAUUCCAUUAACAGUAUGUAUAAUUUUUUACUUUGUAAUUUUUACAUGUAAAUUCAAUUGUUUAGUGUUAAAUGUAGAAGUUUUUAAUCAUGGCACUUAAUUAUUGCGAUAUUGAAUCUUGUUUCUUUUUAUUAAGCACAAUGCUGGCCAGUUUUGUACAUUGUGUAGAUGAACGAUGCAUCAGUAUUAGAGGGCUAUUUAGUAAAUAUAUCUAAAGAUCACCUUUAUUGCUGAAGAUCUUAUUUUACUGUAACAUGGUUGGUUUUUUGUUGGUUUUUUUUUUUUUUUUAUUCACAAGACAGAGUUUCUUGCAAAUUACUGAUGUAAAGGUAUGUAUUGAUUUUGCACAUUGCACAUUGUGCACUUGUUUGUCCUCAUGUUAAUUAAUGAGGAUAUUUAUAUUUUCGUAAGUUUCAAGUCUCUUCAAUAUUUUCCUCUAUAGCAGUGUUAAAGUCAGCUGUUUAAUAAUUAUA